UUAAGAUCUCAUGGAGUAACAUGGAGUUCUAAACCAUAGUUGACAUUUUCAGUGCAGCAAUUAUUUUAAAAUGCAGAGCUGUAAAUUUUUAAUGUAAUGUUAUUAUUUUCUUUGACAGACGAAGUAAUAAUCUGGUUUACCAUGCAUUUUGAUCUUACUUAGCACACGCACUACUGAUUAGUUUGCUUUCAGCAGUCAUUUGGAAAUGGAUGGAAUAGGCAGCUUCAUCUGGUUCACAUUAGUGAUCGUAGGUAUUCUUUUGUCAUCCCUUGCAAUGAUUAGCAUGGGUGCCGCUUGUUGGGACUACUGUGAAGUUGUUCCAGCUAUUGCUCAAUAUCUAGUCAUUGCUGGAUCAAUUUUCUUUUGCAUACUCAUCCUGUUGUUGCUUUUGACAUUUUGUAUAUGUACUUCAUCGGGAGAACCAAAAGUCAAUGGUUCUAUGAAAAUUACUUUGUGCAUUUCUGUUACCAUCAUGUAUAUACUAGUCGUUGCAGGUUCAACUGUUUUAUUUGUACACUCAUCAGAGGAGGACAAUAAGUGCCUGCGGAAUUUGACAAAGACUGAUGAUUUCAAUAGCACUGCGCCGAGGACUGCUGAUUUUUGCAGCACGACCCUUUUAGUAUUCACACAUAGCGUUCUUAUGUUGCUUCAUUUUCUUCUUUUCUUUUCAAUACUUGUUACAUUUUACACCGGAAACAGGUGACUGAAACCUAUAUUUUGUAUGGUGUUUUUCGCAUUGAAAGAUCUUAGCAUUCGUGAAAAAGAAGAAAGCUCAUCUUCAGGAUCAAUGUGAACAUUUUUUUAACAAAAUGUCAAGACACUCUAAAAGUCACUGAAAACUACAAUUUACAAGGGACAGUUUCCUAAAACCUAAAUUUGUGAAUCGCUGACUGACCUGUGUAACUUUCUCUCAAGAAAGCUCAUCUUAAGCUUCAAUGUGAACCUUUUUGUAAUAAAAUA